AUUUCUUUUCGCACUAUACCACAUCCCAAUUACCUGUGUAUGGACAUUCAUUCACCGCGGUGUUACUCCCGAGCGACACGCUGGCGAAGAUGAGGACUUCAGGCGUGUUCUUGGCCUUCCUGGCGCUCUGUGGAUCUGCGCGGGCCCGCUCCGUGGCGCAAGACAAAAGAUCCACCGUGUGUUACGACGACCUCGGAUGCUUCAGUACCGGAGGCGCGUUCACGAGCCUCUUCCGGCCGCUGAAUCUUAAUCCACAGUCACCCAACUCCAUCAACCCUCGCUUCCUGUUGUUCACGCGCGAGAACCCCGCGACCGGAAGUCAGCAGUUCCUGCGUUACAACGACUACAACGGACUGGAGAUGUCGCAUUUUAAGGGGAGUCGUCCAACUAAGGUGAUCUGCCAUGGAUUUCUGGAAAACGGGUUCGUGGACUGGAUGAAUGAAAUGAAGGAUGAGCUGCUAAAGAAUGGCGACUACAACGUAGUUCUCGUGGACUGGGGUGGCGGUUCCGGAAUCCCCUACACACAGGCUACCGCAAACACGCGCGUCGUGGGCGCUGUACUGGCAAAGCUGCUGAACACUAUGCAGACACAUGCGGAUGCGCGACCAGAAGACAUGCAUCUGAUUGGGCACAGUCUUGGCGCCCACAUUUGUGGAUAUGCUGGGGAGAGGACGCCGAACCUUGGACGAAUUUCCGGUAUGGACCCAGCGGACCCCUACUUUCAGAAUACUGACGUCUCGGUCAGACUGGACCCAAGUGACGCCAAAUUCGUCGACGUCAUGCAUACCAAUGGGGAUAGCAUCCUUGCGUUGGGCUACGGAAUGAAGCAGUCGUGCGGUCACGUGGACUAUUUUCCCAAUGAGGGUCUCAAUCAGCCCGGAUGUGACGCGAACCCGGUCACAACAAUGCUCACAGAGGGCGAUAUCUAUGAAGGAGCGAAGCAGAUAGUGGCAUGUAGCCACUUGAGGGCGUACCAAUACUAUACAGAGUCCAUCAAUAGCAGGUGCCCGUUCCAGGGAUAUUCGUGCAAGAGUUACGCAGACUACCAGCGCGGCCUGUGUAUGCCCUGCACGUCCACUAACUGUGGCUACAUGGGUUUCCAUGCCGACCGUGCCAAGCCGCCCGCCGGACAGACCCUCAAGGCUUACUACCUGCAGACGGGCAAAACGGCGCCAUUUUGUCGUUACCACUACCAGGUGGAUAUCCAGUUCGGGACGUUGCCCUCCGGGAAGACAGAGAAGGGAACGCUGUCAAUUAAUGUCAUCGGGUCAAAAGGAGAGACUGGACAACAGCUACUGACGGAGGAUCCAAUGGAUAUUCAACAGGGUCACACUUACGGCUUCGUGUUGACGUCAACACACGACAUCGGUGACGUCACUCAGCUGAGAUUCAGCUGGACGGUGGAUUCUCAUUGGUACAAUCCGCUUACGUGGUCUCUAAUCUUCCAUCACGCUAUCCACGUCAGUUAUAUCGACGUUAUCAACGGAGAAACGAGUGCAAGAAAACAUUUCUGUGGCUUUACUGAAGAAAUUGGGAGUGAGAUCUCAAAGCUUCUAUCAAAAACAUGUUAAUUCUAACAAGAACGUUUAUACACCAGAAACGAAGUCAUGUAAUUAAGGUUAUUUAAGUGUACCGUCAAUGGUUGAUUUGUUGAUUUGUUAUUUAUUAUGUUUAUUUAUGAAUAAAACAAGAAAAUCGUGAA